UGAGGUGAGGUGCCUGUGAGGCAAAGGAGGGAGGGUGGAUGACGGCGAGUGUGUUGGAGCCACACACACACACACACACGCUUGCAUGCAGCCUUACUGAGACAGAAGGAGAGAGAGUCAGACGUGAAGAAGAAGAAGAUGCGGAGGGAGAGAGCAGGAAAGAAUGUCUACUGAGCGGGUGGCUCGUCCUUGUUCACAAACCGGCCCUCGCUGAGACACCAUGGGCUGCAUCGGCUCCCGCACCAUCACGGCGGAUGCAGUUCCCGUUCGGAAAGAUGGGGAGCAGCAUGGACGUGCCGAGUUUUCCUGGGAAGGAAUCAAUUUGUCUAUGGAGGACACAACCUCCAUUCUGCCUCGCCUGAAGCGAAACUCUAACGCCUAUGGGAUUGGAGCUCUGGCUAAGUCCUCUCUGACAGGUGUGUCAGGGGUAAGCAGAUCGAUGAAGGAUAAAGUGACCAAGCCCACUGCUAUGGCUCAGGGUCGUGUGGCACACAUGAUUGAGUGGCAGAGCUGGGGCAAACCAUCAGCAGGGCCGGAAGGGGGAGCGGGUCGUUCCAACCUUAACCGUGAGAGGGAAAGACGGCUUGAAAAUGAUGCUUAUAGUGACUUGAGCGACGGUGAAAAAGAGGCGAGAAUGGCAGCAGGAGUUUUGCAACAGUUUGCAAUAUCCGAGGCCACACUGUUUGCCUGGACCUCUAUGGAUGGAGAAAGUCUCUGUGCAGACUCCAACCAGGGCAGUGUGGCACAUCUCAGUGAGGUUAACCAGGAGAGCAUCACCAGCAGAGACCAGCCAUUGCAUCAUUCGUCUGCAGAAGUGUGGCCUCACACUUACGUCUCCCAAGGCCUUUACUGUCUCUCCUCCUCUGAUGCAUGGGAGCCAAUCAGCAACGAGCCCUCGGGUGUGGCUUCUCCCGCUGCCGGCUCCUAUAUCAUGGCAGGCGGGCCUUCGGGUGAGGGUUACGAUGGCUCCGCCCACUAUCUGACGUUGCAGCAGCAGAACCAGUUUCAGCAGCUGCAACAAUAUCAGCAGUACCAGCAGCAACAGCUCCUGCAGUACCAACAGUCUGUGGAACAUCGACUACACAGCGUCUCCCAUUCCUUACAAGCCACGCCCAACAGCACUAUUCAUAGUUUGGGCCCGCCCACUCACCCAAGACUGGCUGACCUGUGGGCAGCGGCUCAGCUGGAGCCGCAUCAAGUGGAAAUGAUGGGACAUAUGGGUGUUACCAUGGCAGACAUGGGAAUGGCAGAGGUUUAUGGAGAAGAAUCCAUCACGGAGACUGAAUGCAUCCCUGAACAGAAAGAGGAAGAAGAAAUAAAGGAGGACGAUAUAACAUUAACCCUCGAACCCGAGCCAGCAUCAUUAACUCCCAGCCUGACGACUCCGCCACAGAGAGAAGACUCCUCCUCACCUGCAACCAUGAGCCCGGGACAAGCACCAGCAGAGCCAAUGGCUGAGCACAUGACCUACGAUGUCACAUCCUGCGUCGUCCAAUCGCUGGAGGGGAAGGAGGAGGUAGAGGUGGAAGACGGGGCUAAUGUGGUUGUUGUGGCAACCAACUGACAGUUCAAAUUUACCGAGAGCAAGCAAAGGACCGUAUGACACACAAAAACCAAACUGUCUGUGAAAUAAUCAUCCAGUCAAGCUAUUGUAUAUGCCCUUUUACCCCGCAUACAGUGUGUACUCCUGUGGACUGUCACACGUGGUUGAAGAACUUUGCCGUGACGGGAACAGAUUUAUUCAACAGUGAUGGAGCACAAAGUGGAAGAAUGGGCACCACAGCUUAUAUAGAGACUAAAUGUGCGGUAGCGCAAAGCCGACGUGAUGCAUUAUGUGAUACUGCUGUGGAUUUUUAUGGAGAGAGGUGGAGUCAAGGACACUUGCAAAUGAAAACAAAGAGUGCAAUACUAAGAAAUCAAUACAACCAAAAGAAAGUGCAUGCAUUUUUGGGUAUUUAAGUGACUCGGAACUAACAGUAUACAUAUAGUAAUAAUAAUAAUAAUAAUAAUAAUAUAUUGAUUUUUGUAAUAAAAACUAAAGCCAAUGAAACAGUAUGUAUUUGUAUGAAUAUAUAUAUAUAUAUAUUUAACAUGUAUGUACUGUAUGUAUGUAUGUUAGUACGAAUGUAUGUGUCUUCAAAGGUAUAUCCUGAAAAACAUCAGAAUAUGCCUUUUGGCAAAACCGUGGUGUGAAGAGUCCCCUAUGUACUUUACCUCCAACAAACACACACGCAUACUGCACACAUACACACACAUAUACACAAACAUUCGCUGAUAGAUGCACAACACACCCUGGAAAACAUGUUUUUGCCCUUCUAAUAUAUAACCAAGCACAAUACUGCCCAAUUGAAAACAGUGCUGCCCUUUUCAACAUCCUAACUGUAUUGUUACUAAGACUUAUGCACUACUAUGAACACAAACGAAUGUAUUGCCCAUCUUCAGUGACAGUCCUCAUGUCGCCUGUUUUGUUUCUUCAUCGAUGUUCGCGUUGAUCUGUUUGUGUGCUGCGUGCCUGAGCUGCUCGAUAUUGAUUUGCACUGAACAACAUGAAACAACAAAGGCAAACCGAAGGGUCAUCAUCAUCAUCAUCAUUCGGAGAAGUUCCAGAGGAAGACAUUUUUUCUAAUCCAUUUGGUUUGAAAUGGCAGGAAGUCCUAAAGUUGAAGGAAUUGAUAUGGAUUUUUUUUAUUUUAUUGUCAAAGAACUAAUGAACUUAUGUAAAUAAUUUGCUUCAAAAAAUACACAAAGCUUUGGUAUUUUUCAUAUUUAUUGCUUUCAAACCUUGCAACUGAGAUGGACUCUUUAAGAACCUCACUGAAAUCAUGUGGUAACGGGAUAGUUGACAAUAUUGGGAUUAUUUGGUCAACAUAUGCUUUUGUCAUGAAAGACCGUAUGACUGUGGAGAGAAAUGAGAAGGUGCUUUUCUGGUUAAUGCUUGCAGGCUUUCGUUAUUUCAUACGCUGCCGUAUUUAAAUAUCCGCUGCAGACAGAAGUGCCCUCGACUACUAGUGUCCACAUCACUAACAUUUGUCAAUCGAAAUAUAUUAUGUUCUGUAAUAAAAAUGACUAAAGUUGUGUUUUGGAUGUGGCAACUAUUUGAUUUAGCAAAUGAUUUCUAUUCUUGGAUGAUUUUGAAAGUUUUGCUUUUGGUACGAAGCAAUACUGAUGCAAUAUUUAUUUUUCUAUUGUAACAACUUCUCAUUGUUUGUGAUGUUUCUGACGCUUGGUAUUUAGUAGGAGAGAGAGAGAGAGAGUCAUUGGCUGGUAUAAUGGCUGUAUUUGGGAAGAUUCUGAUGAAAUUACAAACGAUGUUAAAUUAAGAAAAUAGCAAACAAGUUAUUAUCGGUUCUCUCACUGAAGCAUCUAAAAGUGGACAAGCGCUCAUGUUUAUCAAGCUCUUGUCUAAAGGACAAAAUUACAUUCUGUCCUAAAUAUACGCUCAACGUUUUGAAUUACACAGUGGUUUGUAAAAUAUCCAAAGGAUGACCAAGUAAAUAACUGAAGGUCAUCAAAACUAAAAUAUGAUAGGAAGGUGCAGAAUGAGAGUUACCCAAUGAAAUCAGACGGGGGAUUUUGGUUAUUGAUGAGUAAAUAAUAAAGAUAGGUCUAAGUUUCCUUCAACAUUCGGUGUCAUCCUGUAACCUUAUUUAAAUCAUGUGCAUUUAAAUGUGCUGUAAAUAAAACUCUUCUUGUGAA